UCUGCUUUACAUGCUUGCAGUGAAAGCUGUCCACUUGGAUUUAGCAAAAUACCUGAUGAUUGGAGACCAUUCUGUUGUUUUGAUUGUGUUCCAUGUCCAGAUGGAGAAUUUGCAAAUGAAACAGAUAUAGGUAAAUGCAUCAGGUGUCCUGAAGAUCAGUAUCCAAAUGAGCAGAGAAAUCAGUGUCUUCGGAAAAUUACAGCAUUUUUGUCCUAUGAAGAUACUCUGGGAGCUGUUUUGGGCUCCGUGGCCAUUAGUUUUGCUGCUAUUUCAGCUCUGAUUUUAGGAUUAUUUAUUCACUAUCGGGACACACCCAUUGUCAGAGCAAAUAACAGAAAUCUCAGCUAUCUCCUCCUCAUUUCUCUAAUGCUCUGUUUCUUUUGCUCACUAAUGUUUAUUGGUGAACCUAGAAGAGUCACUUGUCUCUUGAGACAAAUGAUUUUUGGGGUUAUAUUUUCUGUUGCCCUUUCUGCAGUCUUGGCAAAAACCUUCAUUGUGGUUGUGGCCUUCAAAACCAUUAAGCCAGGAAGCAUCUUAAAAAUGUGGAUGGUAACCCGACUCUCAAAUGUUAUAGUCUGCUGUGGUUCCAUCAUUCAAGUGUGCAUCUGUGCAGUCUGGCUGGGAACAUAUCCCCCUUUCCCUGAUGUUGACAUGCACUCAGAGUUUGGGCAAAUCAUCCUCUUGUGUAAUGAAGGAUCCACCCUUGCAUUCUAUUGUGUUCUGGGGUACUUGGGCUUUCUGUCCAGUCUCAGCUUGUUUAUUGCUUUUCUGGUGAGAAGUCUACCUGACAGCUUCAAUGAGGCAAAAACAAUCACAUUCAGUAUGGUGGUUUUCUGCAGUGUGUGGAUUUCUUUUAUACUCACUUACCUUAGUUCCAAAGCCAAAACCAUGGUGGCUGUGGAAAUUGUUUCAAUUCUGGCCUCCAGUGCUAGCUUACUGGGCUUUAUCUUCCUUCCCAAAUGCUAUGUAAUCCUCUUGAGGUCAGGUGGCCAUUCGAGAAAGAAGUUCUUUAAGUGGGUGUCUCCCUAA